UGCAACAAAAGGUGUUAAAGGGAAAACGUGAGAACCUGAAAAUGAAAUACCCCCUUUGGUUGAAGCUCCUAAUGCAGCUUAUGUUGCUGGGUGCUUCCAUCUCGAGUCCCAGCUUAUCGCCCCAACUACUCCACAAAUUGAUUUCGGGUCGAGAUCCCUUACCACCUGGUGUUCUUAUCUACCAUCCCGAAGUUCUUAAUGCCCUCGAAACACUUUCGGUUAUAACGGAUGGUGAAACUUAUAAGGAGUUCAAUGGGUUGUACCUUAGACCCCUUCCGAAAAUAAGUCCGGAACUGUGGGUGAACCAUACGAAUACGCUGCUCUUAGCAGAAGGCACUGGAGUACUCUAUCCCGGAAUGCAGGCCAUUGCUGAACUGGCCCAGCUAAAGUUCAUUGACUUUACCUUUCCAAGACGCAGUCUCUUUAAGUUCAAUGAGUUCUUGAAGGAUACGCACCAGAGCUCCUAUUUUUCGUCCAUUCUGCAGCGACGUAAGUUAAAUGCGGAUACCCAGCUGAUAUCCGUCAGCACAGCCACAAUGAGCGCCCAAUGGAUGCAAAGCUUUGAUCCCAAAAACUCCGGAUUACGGGUUUUCCAUAGCCAAGUUGAUGAACAUGGCGGAAGUCGGACGGUGGCCAUAGAUUCGAUGGUUAUGACAGGAAAUUUCCUAUAUGAUGACUUUAAAGGACUGCAACUGCUACAUCUGCCGCUCAAGAAUAACCUUACUUUCCUAAUUCUUCUGAGUCCUCAAAUCAGAGAUAAGAAAUCCUAUAAAAUACCCAAUCAGUAUAACCCACUAGAGCUGCUGAAGAGGGGAAAUUUUGAGACCGUGGAUGUGCAGAUCCCAAAGCUUGAGUUUGAAUAUCGUACCGAACUAGUACCUACAGCCCUCAAUGGAAUGGGAAUUCGACGGGUUCAUAAAAAAGAUGCUGAUUUCAGCAGGCUAACUUUAAACAAGAUAAAGCUAUCCAGCAUGGUGCAUGCCACAUCCAUUCGACUCGACGAGUUCGGAAUUAAUGAAGAACCAUUUGAAAUCCGCACUUUGGCCUUUUCGAAAGUGUUAAGAUCGAAUCAGUUGUUCAUGGCCGAUCGCCCAUUCUUCUUCUCCAUUGUUAGUGAAAAUCAAGUCCUCUUCACUGGCGAGUUUUUAGGUCCCUAAGCAUGUCUAAUAAAAGGCCUUUACCUCUUUUCUAUCCAUUAAUAAACUGCAAAAUUAC